AUUAAUAUCGCACUCAAAACAAAAUUUACCAGUACGGAUAUUAAUUUCACAAAAGAAACCAGCAUGGCAGCAGUAAAACCUGUUUUGUAAAUGGCAUCUGUAAACUUAACGUAUACUGCGAACUCCCCAUCUUUUAUCAUGUCUGGAGGCUGCGAGGCGCGCGAGCACCCACUCCAUGUGAUAGCCUCGAGCGACGCGCGCUCGCUCACGUGGUCGCCGCAGUACUAACUAACCGCACGCGCCAAAUUUAAAUUACGGAAUUAACUUUUUUUUUAAUCAUUUUUUUUUUUCGAUUUCAAUUCUAACGUGCCAGCCAGUGUUCGCGUUAUGUUAAAUUCGUAGUUUCUAUCCAUGAAGUUUCGAUCGAAAUUGAAACGUAACAGUGAUGUGCAAUUUUAGUGCUAAUUCCGAGUUCUUUAUUUAAAAAAGUACGUAUUGGCAUUUCGGUAAAGAUCUAUGAAUUUAGGUGUAUUCGCGUCGUAUAUAUGAUUGCCCGAUUAACACGUACGAAAUAAAACAAAAAAAACGAAUGAAGUUAUUACAUUUUGGUACAUGAUCGGUCCGAGAUAAUCACAUAUCGAAUGUGAAGAGCAUCAAUUUCCUUACAGCCAUCAAUAAUAACGGACCGAGUAAACAAUAACAUUAUUUGUUGUCAGACAGUGACGGAGGCAUACAAGAGAGCGAGACGUAACUACACUCAUCGAUCUAAGAAAAUAGAAUUCUCAUACGAAAUGUAAUGGCGGUACGAUAAUCGUGUAAAAGUUCACGAUAGUUGCCCAACGCUCUGCGGUAACAAUACAACACGUCCGGCUCACGUGGAGCCCGGACAAAUCGAUUUACGAACGGGCCACAAGCGAAAUUAGAGAUCCAAUUACGUCGGACGCUUAAAUCGGUCGUCUCGGCCAAUAGAUAAUGAUCUGUCGAUGAUUUACGCCGCGUUAAACCGACAAUGCCACGAGAUAACCUCGAGUCCGCCAGCACAAUGCGACCAAUUAGAUAAGACGGGCUCCUCUCGGCAACAUGACUAAAAUGAACAGGACCGAUAUGAACGAACACGGUUUAAGCGUCGACGAUAUUUUCAGCGAAAACUACAACGUCAAACGAAAGAGGAUCCAGUUGGAGAGCUUCGACGGGAAACAAUUGACGAAAAUCGAUUCCGGCAUCGAGAAGUCCGACGAACCGCCGCGAGAAGACCUGAAGGCGAAAACGAAAAGCUACGACGAUACCGAAUACGACAUCGAUAAGAUCGUGCAAGCGAAUAUGAUUAUCGAUAAAGAAUCGAGUAAGACGAUACGAUUGGAGUUGAGGCAGCCCGGAGACGGCGGCACCUCAGAUAUUGACGUUCAGGCCGUUGAGAACUUAGACCCUAAUAAUUACACAGUUAAAACCGACAGCAGACUCAAUACGGGAAAUGAAAAGAACGUAGACUACAACAUGAACGGAUGCGAAGACGAGAAUAGAGUAAGUAUUUAUUAUAAUAAAGAUUUGAUAGUGACAUUUGAAACUUAAACAUUUGACGUAUUA